AUUGUAACGAAACCGAACACGAGAGAAACCAUUUAUCCCGUUUUCCAUACGCGAAAUUUUUACUCGGAUAAGUGUUCUUUCCAUCUCCGCUCUGUACGUAUCGGUACAGGAAGGAAACCCCUCGAAUAAAAACGUAGAUUUAUCGCGGUGCAUUGUAUCAUUUUUCAACAGCGUCCGUUCGUUUAUUUAUCGCACGGGUACAGUGCGCGGCGCAGAAGCCUCGUCGAACGGUUAAAACGCGGCGAUUCGCGGCUCGCGACGACACCGGGACCACUCGACUUUCGCCCGUCGAAAGAGGAUACUCGAGAAUUUCUCAAGGGGAGUUGUUCUUUGAGGGAAUUCCUUCGAGAUCGUUUCGCCGUUUGUCUUUGACAAUAAUCGACGGUCUCGCAAUCUCGACCCUUCACACUCUCGAAACGGCGCUUGCCUCCACCAUUUUGUUACUUUUUAGCUUUGGAAUUUAGCCACGGAAUCGGAUCCCCUAUUGAAAUGUCGGUAUUUAAAUUUCAUAUUAAAUUUUGCGUCUGGGUUAGGUCUCGCAUUAGAAUGUCAGUUUAGGGUUGAAUAUUCGUAUCCGAAUUGAAUCCUCUGUUAGAAUAUCAGUCGAAGAAUAGUUCGUAAAAUACACCCACGUAAGGCUUAGAGAAACGUAAAGAGAUCUCGUGAAGUGUACACAAAUCUCGGGAAGAAUUGCAGAGAAAUGGUAUCGAUAUGAAAGAUAAGCAGAUAAAGUUACGUCAAUUUGAAACUAGAGCGGCAGAACAAUCCCUCUGUAGUACGAAGAAAUCCCAAGGAAAGAGCGUCAACACGAAAAGUGACGUCAUAAAAUUCUUUUCAAAAGUCCAAGGACGGUUUAACCACGACUCGUUUCCCUUUCCUUGCCCCUCGAAGAACGCUCGACCCUCGAGAAACAGCAAUUGCUCCGCGUCCUUGUUUCCAUAGAUUUCAACGGUUAGCGCGGUCGAGGACGAACGGCGACCUCUCAGGCUUUGGCGAACAAUCUCUGUCGCGUCAUCGCUCGAGGGACUGCUCCAUUUUAUUUUGGGUUAGAUCGGAGACGAAUCCAUUUCAUUCGAAUUUUUGCUUGGAAAUAGUUUCUUUCCUCGAGUAUUCGUCGGUCGUUCUUCGUCGGUCCUAAGAACCAGUACGUUCACCAUAUAAGCACCAUAAUAAGCAGUCAAAUUAGAAAUAUUAGGGUGUAGUGAUGGUUCGGUUGGAAAAGCAUUCGACUGAUAGUCAAAGGUCCUGAGUUCGAGUCUUCGUGGAGAGCCAAGAGGUAUUUUCGAUUAUUCGAGGAUCGCAGUUUGUUUCGUCGAGUAUUCAAUGAUCGUUCUUCGUCAUUCAGCCUAAGAGUCAAUGGAAACAGACAUUGCUUAUAAAGAGGAAGCUGCGAGAUUCUCGAAGGAGGACUCUUACUCCUCGCAACAGGAAUUCCUUUGAGGUUGUUCUCUUUCGGUGUUGGCGAGUUCUGUUGAGAGUUGCUCCAGAGUUUCCUGCAGUAACCUAUUUAAAAAGCAGGAUCUGGUACUUGAUCUUGUACGGGACCGACUCCGGGAACGAUCCUACUCGUCUCAAAGGAUCCUCGCGGAGUCACCAGUUUAUUGCGAGGCAACUUCCAGGAGGUAUUCGCGGUCUCUCCUUAGCGAUACGAUAUUUCUGUUCAGUAUUUCAGAGACCUUAGUGUAUAUUAAACGCUGAAAAACGUGUCGAUAAAUAUUCUACUUUAUUCUCUCCGAGCAUUCGCGAGGUGUUUACCGAAGACCUAAGAAUUACCCGAUCCUUCGAAUUAUCCAUCAUCUUCGAUCGAACAACACUUCCAAUCAGCCCUUAAUCGGACCUCAUCUAUCCAUAGACGUCGUCGAUCGGCUGGAAGGUUGUCGAGGGAACUCCUCGCGUCUCUGUAUUCGUUCGAAUACGUCUUUCGUCUUCCCUCGUUCGAAGGCCACGCGGAAAGCAAAUUUAACUCUCGUCCUUGACCCACUGAGUUGUUUAACGAUCCCCAUGUCGAGCUGGAAGCAGCCUAGCAAACCAGAUUAACGACCGCCACCCUCGUUUCCAGCUUGGACUCGGUUAGAACGGAUCAAAGAAGACGAGGAGAAGGCGAGAGAUCCGAGGAGAACGUUGCCGUGGAUAAAAACGGUCCAGGUGGAGUUCAGAGGCUAGAAAAGGACCGAUCGCGUUCAGGAUCACGAGUGCGGAGGAGACAUGACCGGCCACGAUCCCCGCGAACACCACCGAGGUGUACAGUAGCGUCGGUUGAUGACAUCACGGGGUGGAAGGGAAUCGAAGGGGCGGCGAACCGUCGAAGGAUGAGAAACGGAGUCGCGGAUCGUUCUAGACGGGAGUAAAGAUCCUCCCGCGUGCUUUUCUUACGGCGAUUCCGUCGCGAGCGAUGACGUUGUGCCGUGUGUUUUUGUGACGUGCUCGAUUCCGACCGAGUUCCUCUGUGGGAAAACAUCCUGCGCCCUGGAUUCUUCGCAGACAAGUGUUUCGUGUUCCUGAAGUCUCUGGCCGAUCGUUUUGUGCGCGGUUCCACGCUCGAAACGGGAUUGGGAGUGAUCGUGUAGUUCCAAAGUUGUUCCUCGAGCGCGUCGACGGUGGUGCGAUCGCGAUCCACGGGAAAAUCGAUCGCGAAAAAGUGUCCUCGAGCGGAGAGCGGCGCUACUGGCCCUCGGCAUGAAGGAGGGCGUUCUAUGUUCCUGCGCGUAUACCUGUUCAAAGUAGAUCCUACGAGCGAUCCGCGGACUCUCGAGGUUGUCUCUCGAGCGUAUCGAUAACGCGAGCAAGGACCGAGCACAGGGAGAGUGUCCUCGACUGGUGGAGAGCGCAAGUACUCGGCAUGAAGGACACGCAUUGGCCGGUUCUCAUCUGCGUUCUCAUGGCGACGACGGUGCUUUCUUGUCGGCAGAGCGAGUUCCAGUGCGGCAACGGCCGCUGCGUCGCCCUGAACAGGGUGUGCAACGCCGUCGACGACUGCGGCGACGGUAGCGACGAGCCAGGCCAGUGCUCGCCCUGCAACAAAACGUACUACGGCGACGUGGGAAAAACCUACGACCUGGAGCUUCUUCGACCGAAGGAGGACAAGGUGCCUUACUUUUGCAAGCUCACCUUCAGCGCGUCGGGUGGCGAUUUGGGAGACAUCGUUCAGUUGACGUUCGACAGCUUCACCCUGGGGAAAUUCGUGUCGUUCACGGCGGAGGGCUGCCCGGAUGGGUCGCUACAAAUUUCGGAGGCACAACGACCGGAUGUCGGUGGCCUCUGGUGCGGAACGUCCCGGAGGCCCGCGACUUACUACAGCGAAACGCCCGUCGUCUCCAUAUUUCUGAAGCUCCUCAGGCUCAGCAAGGAUCAGACGGGAUUCAAUUUCGACUUCAGGAUGGCGUACAAGAUGAUCAGGAAGUCAGACGCCGUGGUGCGUUACGGGAAUCCCUUUGUCGGGAUAACGCAAGCGUCGGAAACGCCGACAUCGACCGAGCCAACGACGACCUCGUCGUCCAGCGAGUACGCGAACACCUCGAUGGCGAUGCAGACGGUGGAGCAGUCCGCGACGCCAUCGAAGCCGAGCGGCGAGCAAUACCUCGGCGAGCUGAUAUCCGGUACCUACUGCUCCCGCAUAUUCAGCGACUGCGACCGGAAGAAGUGCAGGCUGCAGUCGCCCAACUUCCCCGGACUCUAUCCACGUAAUCUCACCUGCUACUACGCGGUGAGGCAGAGCGACGUUCCAGCGGGAAAACAUGCCUUAAUUUCGGUGAAACAGCCACGUGGACAAUUGGUGGCCAUAAGGGCACGGGCGGACAGCCAGGCGGAAUCCUCGCCCCGGGAGCUUCGCCUUUGGAAGGACUGCGACGUGGUUCAGGACUACGUGACCGUGUACGACGGAUACACGACCAGGGACCCGGUGAUCCUGAAAUUCUGCGGCGGCGGAGAGCCGGUGCCCGAGGCCACCAGCAGCGGGCCGGAGAUCCUCGUCGAGUUCACUACGUCUCCUUACGGCACGUUCCUGCACACUACGCCUCCGCACUCGCUCCACGGCUUUCAAUUAGAAGUGCAAGUGAGGUUCGUGGACGCGGACUCGCCAACGUACGCGAAGAACAAACACUGCGAGUUCUGGCUGCAGGGCAGCGGGGGCGGAGUGCUGGCAUCGCCGCGGCACUCGUUGCCGCGGAACAGCACGUGUCUGUACCAUCUUCGGGGUGCCGGUCCUCUGGUCCCCAGUCCCACGCCACCGCGUCCUUUGCCAAAGUUUCCCGAGCAGAGGCCGGGCACCGUGUGGAGGAGGCCCGCGCCUAGACCGCCGCAGCCGCAGUUCCGCGUCUGGCUGUCCAUCCUGAAGUUCCAUGUGGGCACCGGUUUAACCAGCACAGACGAGGACUGCUCGACGACCCUGAUGGUGUGGGACGGAGAGAUGAUGCCGCUGGCGGAGUGCAACGACCUCGCCUGCGAAAAGGACCACCAACGUCACGGCGAAAGAGUCAUCGAGCCGGCUCGGCCUCUGAUCGCUCGGCCAGCCGGAAGCAACACCACGCUCCUGGCGCGCUACUGCAAGGACAAGGUGCCGAGGACCUGCGACCACGCCAUCUUGCAAAACACCAGCCGUCCGUGCUCGCUCGGGGAGAGCUUCGUUUCCAGCGGGAACAGCCUGACCAUCGAGAUGCGGAUGAUCGAGUCCACAGCUCUGAGACCGGUGAAUUUCCGCGCUCUGUACGAGUUCGUCGAUCUCCAUCAGGACGGGGAUCCAUACGGGAGCGGACCGUGCUCGAGGAUCUUCUACAGCCGCAAUCGGGACCAUUACCCUGAUCGUAGGUUCCAGGCGCCGCGCGAUAUUUUCCUUUACGGCCGCGGUGGAGCGAAAAAUAUAAGCUGCGUGUACCGAUUCGAGGGAGAACACGACGAGAUCGUCAAGCUGAGGUUCAACAAGCUGAUGAACGGAAACCGGAGCUGCCGCAGCGUCUCCAGCCAGGACUUCCAUCGUCUCCUCUGCGUGGGAUCCGACAACUUUUCCGUGAAGGUGCUCGAUCAACCGUGGCCGAACGCACCGCCGGUACAACGCGAUUGCUUCUGCUCGAACCGUUCGCUCCCCAUGAACGUCAAGUCCACGUCGAACGUCGUCGAGGUCCACUUCACGGUGUUGUCGAUGGACGCUCUGGACGACUACGAUAAUCUCUUCUUCGAGGGCAGCUGGGACUUCGUCAAGACCACACCCUGCCUGCAGAAGCGCAGAAUGAGAGGGCCGUCGGGGGAGAUCAAGUACAAGUCGCCAAACCUGGACGAGGACGAGAAAAACUGCGAGAAGCAUCCGUGGCUGAUCGAUCCAGGCCCCAAUCAGUACCUUUACGUGAAGAUGCACGGUACGAUAAUGUCGAACUCGAGCAAAUGCACAACGAAGAACCGGAUCGUGGUGCACACGGGUGGCGCGAUCCACGUCUCGGUGUGCCCGAAGCCGCCGUCGGGAUCGAGACACCACGUGGUGGAGGUGUUCAGCGACGGCUGGGCCGUCGGCAGCAACGCCGUGAUCCUGGCGCCGGGUCAGGACCCCGUCAGGACCAUCGCCGUGGAGUUCAUCGUCAAGGAACCGGACACCUACUCGGUCACUUGGCUCGAGCUCACCAGGAGGUCCUUGACGACGUCCACGGCGGGCCUGCAAAUGCAGCGCGAUUGCGAGCAGCGUUGUCCCGAGCUGGACGCCUGCAUAAACGAGUCCCUCUGGUGCGACGGGAUCUCCCACUGCCCCUCGGGUUACGACGAGGCCUUGACGCACUGCUCGGUGUUUCUCAAGCUGCCCCCGUUGCACCUCGGCCUCGGUCUUCUCGCCGUGGUGUCGAUCCUCGGCGUGAUCUUCUUCGUGAUCUGGCGCAUCUGCAGGCAACGGGCGAACCGCUCGAUAUCCCAGCACAGGCUGAAGAGCAUCUCCUCGGAGACGGCGAUCAUCGACGGAAAGGAAGUGAUCUGCUGACACAGCGACAGUUCUGUGCGAUACGUCGAGGUGGACCGCGUGACUACCGUGUGACGAUCACCGUCGUCGGUCAUGCUAGCUGGUCGCCGUGGCCUCGUGCUCUGUCUGGUGUCCUCCUGAACGGGACACCGUCGCGGCGACCACCGCCUCCACGUAACGCGCAGAACUCCCAUAACGAAAGAACACGCCGCCGCUCGAGCGGUGAGCUCCGCUCUACUCGACGGUUCGCUGCUCGAUGACUCCGGACACCCGUCGUCCCGGUUUCCUCUGCCACGAAGAGAUCGAACGAUUUCAGGAACUUCUUGGACCCUCUGCUUCGUCGGGGCUCCCCCUCGACGAAGCCUGGGACAUCGGAUCGGGGAAGGAUUCGCGACCACCCACGCGGCUCGGGCUAGUUUUGGGAACAUAGAAGCUGCUGUUCUAUCGAAUCUCGGACAUUCUUUUCUCUGUAGAAGCGCGAGAGUAGCGCGAGAGUAUCUUUGGAGCUUCGACGACGCGUAGACGACGCACCGAUUCGUUUCUCUUUCGUUGAACGCUCAACCGUUCACCUUGGGAGGGGCCUCGAGUCGGAGGAACGUUCGUCGCUGACUGCUAAAAACGCCUGCGAAUUACGUUUCGAUCUAGUACACACGCGGUUAGACAAUGUAUUCGAAUAACAACGUCGAAAGUAUUCGGGCAAUGGGAGCGCUGGAUAAAUUCCAGCGACGCAAAGUUAGAUUGGUUCGUCAGAAUUUAGUGUAACGUUUGAAUUAGCCCGAGUUCGAAACAACUUUCGCGUUCCUCCGACUCGAGGCCCCGCGAUCCACCUUCCGACGCCUCCGCCGCUAUUUGCAUUGCUUUGAGAAGUGAGGGGGUUGGGUGGGCGAGAGGGAGCGUGUUAACCGUGUUGCUCGGUGUUAACCGGCAUCGACUCGCUAUUUGGCCAUUAGCCAGGGACCCUGUAGGUAUAUUUUAGGUGGACUUCGAGCCACAGAGUUUGCCGAAUAGCGCACCGGAGUUCUUAGACCGUGGCCAGCGUAGUUUCGCUGGGCAAACAUUUUGCGCGAUGCAGCCGUUGACCGGACGACUCUCCGCCUGGUAACGCGUUACCGGAUGCGAGAGAGGGUAUCGAGUUGCUUUAACGAGGACAAUAAAUAAUAAAAUCCUAGGUGAUAUCGUUUCGCUGGUAGCGUAGCUUAGCGCAGUCUUUGAGUCGCGGCCGACCAGGUCCCGAUCGAUCGUCGAAACGUUGAAUCGUUCAGCGUCAAGGAUCGCACGGGUGGUGGCGAUGGUCGAAUCGCCUCCACAACCUGGAAUCGUCGACGUUAGCGUAUCGAGGAGCCUGAAAUUCCGUCGAACCUCGUGCUAGAUCGAAAGCUGGAGUGUCGAGGGAUGAAGAUCCGAGGCAUCGAGCAGGGAACGAGCAAGACACUCGCACUGGCCGUUCGAUCGUUCGUCGAGCUUCUCGACGGGCUGGCCAAGACACGAUUUUAAGCACGAGCCGACUUCCCGUUGGCUCCAUACUCUCCUUCAGUCUACCCUUUCUCCUUUUUUUUUUUUUGGUAAGCCGCGCGAAAUGAUCCUCUGUACGACGUUGUUCAGGUGAACCGAGGCGUUUCGUCGAGGCGAGCGCCGAUCGACUUCCGUGCCUCGAAGAAACCGUUAUACGUGGAAUAAGAAUCGCGAAGGAAGUUGUCGAUGUCGAAGAAGAUCAACCGACCUUUGAACUCCUCCGAGUGGCCAUCCUCUUGCCACGCCGUUAGCUACCCCCGCCGCGCCAUCUGUCGUUUCUUCGCGCAAAUCCGCAGGCAUACGUCCUUCGUCGCUCAAAUAAAGAAGCAUGCGGUCUCGCGGCCUCCAAGGGUCGAUUGAUUCUGUCGCGUCCCCGUGUAAUUAUACUAGAAGACCGGGUGUCGUCGAUCGCGCUGAUCUCGACGGAACAGCCAGGAUAACUUGAAACUAGAGAUACUGACCAAACUGUUUCGAGUGAUUACCGUUUAGGCGACGUAAUUAUAAUUACUUACACUAGCGAUAAGACUUCGGGAAGAACGAGUACGAAAGGUAGAACCUAUGGUAGCCUGGAAAUUAUGUGAUAUAUAUAAAUGCUGUUUUCCGCGGAGCUGUGCUCCGUUAAGUAUUGUUACACCCGGCUAGGGUGUAGCCGACGAGAAACGACGACGGGAACUUGGACGAAUCCAAGAUCGACGCGGCACACCCGACGCCGUCACUUGUACACCUUGUUCAUACUUGUAUAUAAUUGAUUAUUUAUCUAUUUGUAUCGGAAAACGAUGUUUGAGCACGCGUCUCCGUUCGCGCACGACUAGGGCUCCCCGAAAUUCAGCGGUUCCUCCACUUCGCGUGUCGAAGAUUCGUCUUAAAAAGAUUUCGGUUCGAAAAGCAUCGAUCGUUCGAGACACGCGAGAUUGAUUUUCACGAUUCACCGAUACACCCGAGUCUCUUCGAAGAGUCUUUCGACUUCGCAUCUUUGAAACUCGGGACGAUGACUCGACACGUUCCGAUGUUGGGAGCCUAGGUAUCUCAUUUCAACUCGACUUAUUACGAUGUAUACAACAGCUAGAGAAAUUGUCCUUCAAUCUAACGAAUUUAGAAUCUUUACAACGACGAGUGAUCGAGUCGCGAUUGACUCGAAGCCGAAGAUCCGUCGACUCUCCAGUCGAAUAUCGUUUCUCCAUUCGAUUUUUGUCUAUGCAAAAACGUCGCGAACGGGGACCUGUACAGAACCGCUUUACUACUAGCCGAUAAGCAUUAGGACUCGAAGAAUAAGGGAACCGAAGCAGGAUACGAAACGAACGAACCGGAAAGAAGGUACAAAGUCGAAGCGAAGAGGAACGGAAAAUAAACACAGCGCGCGAUCGAAACGUCGCUGUCAGCUAGCCGGAAGCACCGCCAUCGUUUUUCUCGCUGUUUUCACCGUGCACGCAACAAUAAUUAAGAAAACAGACGGGGAGAUCCGCGAAAACGAAAGCCACAGUCGAACACCGAUAAAAGAAAAAUAAUAAUUGUGUAACCGACCCUCCAUUAUUAUACGUUCACGAAAGACAAUCGUUAUAAUAUAUUCCGCGCGCGGAGCCGCAUUUUUCACUUGAUUGAUUAACCGUAUAAUUUAAGUAGUGCCAAAGGGGCAGCAGUCGUUACCGAAAACACUCGCUGGACCACCGGGCAGUCCCCGUACGCGAAGAAAAUGGUUACGAUCGCUCUGGUUGAACUCUGGUUAAGCUCGAUCUCCCAGUUAAGAUGUAACAAAUGUUGAAACUAGAGUAAAGACAAGCGACCGAGCACCAGGAAUUCUCUCGCGUACAGGACAUUCUGUCGCCGGCCGUUCGUCGGUGUCUUCUAACGAACGCUCGAGAGCACAUAUUUCGCGACGAGAAGGUGAAUAGUUUCUCGUCGUGUUUCGAUUACGUCCUUUGCGAGAAUACUCGCCUUGUUCACGGCCGUUUACUGUUUCUUGUUUCGCGCGUACCGAUUAAUUCGCUCGAUACGAAUCGGUACGACUCAUUUUUGUACGAAAGAUCCUCGCUCGCUCGUGCAACGAAAACACACACUUCCUUUUUCGACGAUCGUUCGACAGAAGUCUGUUGCGUUCCGUGGACCAACGCGCGCCGAUUCGCCGAUUGCCCGUGACGAACGCGACGUUUCAAAGUUCCCUCGGUUCGGCUGCGGCUCGCGCGAUCCCGCUCCGUGACCGCGACAAAUCAAAAUCACUCCUGUGGAUGACACGCGACGAUCCAGAGAAUCGAAGACUGAAUUUACUUUCGCGUCCCCCCCUCCGCCUCCCCUUUCAAGAUCCACGUUGCUCUUGCUUCGAGGAUAGCAUCCUCAGGAUUACCGUGCGACGACCGGACUACGGACGCGCGUCCCUCCGAUACCCGGGAACUCGAGUUCACUGCCAUUUCUUAUUUUCCUUUGCGCACAGGAACACACGACACACACCGUACCGAUUCGUUUGCGAUCAAAGCGUACACGCUACGCACGCGUGCAUCGGGUUCCAACGUUCGCUUGCAGAAAGGAUCGUUUCGAGUAACCGUACAAAAAGUAGGAUAUCAUCGACGAGCCGAGGUGAACGCUUACCGAGCGUCCCGGCGUUCUCCUCGACUGCCAAUGGCGAUCAUCCGCGAGACUCAAUAAUCAAAAAUGUUCAACGACUAAUUGUAAUGGUACCGAAGGCAACGUUAAUCGUCUUGGAAAGUUCGUUUAUCGAUUCAUAAGUUAGUAGACCUCUCUGGCUGGAACUUUCCAACGAUGAACCGAAGUUUCUACUUUCUCGAGUGUGACUUUCAUCGAUAAGCUAUCGCGACGACGACGACCAGCUUCGCGCGUAGGCGAGGCAGACUCUGCUUGUACCGACAGUCGUAGCGAAGGUCGCCUAUUCUCGCUAGGAAGGCGGUGGUUUUAAUAACGAAACGCGGAGCCACGACGCGACGCGAUGCAACAACGAUGAAAAAAAUAAAGACCAUCUUGGGCGCGACAUAGCCUCUUUUGGAUGCGUUCUUCUGCACGGUGACUGUAAAGCGAUCCCUCGCAAUGGCGUUACUUUGAGUCGGGUCCACGUUUCAGGGGAAAUCUCGUUAAAACUAUAACGUAUGGCAUUUGCGUUUGAUUCGGGUCGUUUCUAAAAUUCGCGCGGCGUUUAUCGUUUCGUAACGCGACGAAGCACACGGUGUCAAAGGAAGCGAUUUCGAGGCGACGAUCGAUUCCAGCCCAGGGCAAUUUUUGUUCCGUUCUAGGUAUAAAACGUUUGGAACCAGCGUCCCAUCGCAAGCGUGGACUUGUCUUUAACCGAUACGCUGUCACAGUGAUCCCGUUGCAAUUCAUUAGCGAGCCUUUAUUGACAUCGUGGACGACAAACGUGGCCCGUGUUUAGAGACACCCGCGCGCCGGGACCAUCGGGCAGAGAGAAUCGCACGGCCAAUAAACGAACGAUCGCAGCUCGUGUUUGCGUGAUGGUAGCCGCAUUAAUUGGUCGCGACGACCCUCUCUCGCGUCCUUCGGCUCUGGUUCUUUAUUUAUUCGAACGGAGAGACGAACCAUGCGGGCCACGGGGAAUGUGAUCCCAGC